AUGGGUCGUGACGACACUAACGUGACUAGUGGCAGUUAUGUGAACAAGACGAUGGUUGAUUCAUCGACAAGGCAGCUUCUUGCUGCUGUAGGUCGUGCGCAAAUGCUGAUCCAGGAUGCUGUAAUUGGUUCCGAGAAACUUGCGCUACAUUCUGCAUCAAACCAGCUUCCUAACGAGAAAAAGCAACUGAAGCCGUUAGAUUUCGAAGGCAGAACAGGAAAUAAAACAAGCUCUUCCAGCAGGGAAGCUGCACCAUCUUGCCCAAAUUCGACUUGCAUAAAUGACGCAGGUGCUCACUCGGAUGAUGCUGUUUCGGAGACCGUUUGUCAUGCUGAAGCCAUUGCGUCGAAAGAUGCAGACAGCUACGACGCUAUUGAAGACGUAAACAUUGACAUUGGUAUGACUGGAGAACAACCUGAAGUAAAUGAUCUGAUUCAAUUAUUGGCUGUCACGAAACAAGACAUGCAGGAGCUUUGCGGCCACAGACCGCGGUCAGCUCGCAUGCGUGAGAAAGUUCAGAUGCAAUCACUGCAGCUUGCGCGGCAAACGGUCGAGAUUUUCCGGAAUAUUAGGAACAUGUAUGGUUCCCAGCGGCGAUAA